AUGUCCGAUGAUAUUGAUUUUCUUUUAGCACAAGAAGCCUCCGAAUUAACAAGAGAUGAAGAAAUUAGUAGAGUAUUGAAUGCAUUUCCAUUGGACGCAUAUUCUGUAUUAGAUCUACGUCCAGGUUGCACUCCUUCAGUUAUAAAAAAGCAGUAUAGGAAGAAGUCGCUACUUAUCCAUCCUGACAAGUCUAAAAAUGUACAAGCUCCAGAGGCAUUCGACAGACUAAAGAAGGCAGAGGCAUUGCUUCAAGAUGAUAAAGCUCGUGAAGUUUUAGAUCAAGCAUUUACUGAUGCUAGAAAGCUUUUGAUCAUGGAAAAGAAGUGGACAUACGAUGAUGAACGUUUGAAGAGCGAUGAGUUCUAUGAGGAAUGGAGGCAGAAAACAAAAGACGUUCUAAUUGAAAAUGAACUUAGGAAAAGACGUUUACAAAAGCUUAAAAUGGAGGAAGAAGGUCGAUUGAAGCGUCAGAUGGAAGAGGCUGCUGCUGAAAGGCGUAUGAAAAGAGAAAGUGAACAAGCUUGGGAAGACACUAGAGACACGAGAGUGGGUAAUUGGAGAGAUUAUAGAAAUAAGGUGACGAAACAACAGAAAAAGAAAAAGACGAAAUUGAAUGUACUUGGGUGA